GAUGCUGACCUUAUUGGCCGGCUCAGGAACAGGGAGGUGUGGAGAAACGCCUGAAAAACCAAACAAACUUCCCUUCAGCCCAGCAGAGGAACAGACCCAAUGCACACAGACGUUCUCUAACCCCUUUCCACAGAAAAACAAGAACCAAACCCUGCGGUCAGAAUGUCUGCGGCCAAGCGUGCCAAAGGAAAGACCACAAAGAAGCGGCCGCAGAGGGCCACGUCCAACGUCUUCGCCAUGUUCGACCAAUCACAGAUCCAGGAGUUCAAAGAAGCCUUCAACAUGAUCGAUCAGAACAGAGACGGAUUCAUCGAUAAAGAGGAUCUACACGACAUGCUGGCCUCUCUGGGGAAGAACCCGUCUGACGAGUACCUGGAGGGAAUGAUGAGCGAAGCUCCUGGACCCAUCAACUUCACCAUGUUCCUCACCAUGUUUGGAGAACGUCUGAACGGAACCGACCCUGAAGACGUCAUACGAAACGCCUUCACAUGCUUUGAUGAAGAUGCUUCUGGUUUCAUCCAUGAGGACCAUCUCCGCGAGCUGCUGACCACCAUGGGGGAUCGUUUCACAGAUGAAGAAGUGGAUGAGCUCUUCCGCGAGGCGCCGAUCGACAAGAAAGGAAACUUCAACUACAUGGAGUUCACUCGCAUCCUUAAACACGGAGCCAAAGACAAGGACGACAUAUAAAAACCAGCACCAGCUCCAUUCAGCGUCUUAUUAUAUACGUGCAGAUCCUUUAUAUCCAAUGCUACUGAUGAUCCAACACUUCAGUCUUUUUUUGAGACAACAAGAAUCCACAUUGCAAUGCACUAGAAACCAUUCAAAACGCCUUACCAUAUCACACUGGCAAGUGUUACAUGUGCGAACAUACUUUAGAUCCAGUAUUUGAUCUGUUUUCUGUCUUUCUAUCUCCAGAUAAAAUCACCUGUGUAAGUUAUCAGAGACUGGAGCAGAUAUUUGCGCUCAGCGUAGAUCUACAGAAGCCAUUCUUUGAAGUCCAAAAACACCCUUUAACAUUUAUUCAUACAUUACCAAAUAAGUGCUAAGAAAUUGAAUUAAUUCGCAAUUAGCAUUGUUUAAAAUAAAGAUGAUUUUACACUUUCUUUACUGUUUACUGUGUAA